CAGUCAGUCAGAGGUGUCAGUGAUUUCGGUGAAUAAUCAUAUCCAGAGCUAUACAAAAUGCGGCUAAUUCUCGUUGGGAUAUUGCUGGGCCUGGUUUACAGUUGCGGUGCGACCAUCAGCGGACCCUUCCUCUUCUGGGGUCACCACAAGGUGUCCAGCUUGCAAGCUCAGGCGCUAGUUGAGGCCAGUAGCAGGGAGCAGCCACUGACGCAACUGUUUCGGGAGGCCAAGGCUGUUGUAGUUUUCGUGAGGAACACGACCAGUCGUCUGGAGGGCAUAAAGUACCCCAAGUUCCAGAAUCUGGUGAAGAGUGGCACCUGGACCUAUUUACCAGAGCGCAGGCUGAUAGCCGAGCCCUUCGGGUACAAUGCCAACAUUGAGGUCAUAAGCUUAUCUGGGCACGGGGAAGAGGACGACGCUGAGAUUGUGACGGCCUACAAUGACGCUCUACGGAUCUACGGGAAUGGUGAGGUUCUGGGAAUCUUAGCCAGUCGCGAGGAGGAGGCACAUUUCCUCGCCAAACGUGAAACCACCGAGGAAGAACCCAAAAAAACGGCUGAGGGACCUCCUGCUGACGUUGCCGAGGAGACAGAGGCAAGCUUCAUUUACGUGGCAGAAGGAAACAAGGCGGUUCUUUCCCUGAACGGUCCCCCCGAGCUGCGGCUUACCAACGAGACAUUGCGCCUGGAGGAGCACAUAAAGCAGAUCACCUUCGACGAUCAGCACGCUAAGGGCUACGGUCGGCUCAGCAUUACCUUUAUGCACAGCGGCGAGAAGUGCACGCUCCGCUUCAAGUUCUCAUUGGCGCGUGGCACAUGGAUCCUGCGAAACGUUGAGGUGGAGUACAGGGAACUGAAGAGCGUACUCCUGGCACGAGGCGACGAUUACACUCUGCCCUCGGCCCCGCUGGGCUUCUCCUAUCGAUGCUCCGCCAACGACUUGAGCUUUAAUAACCCCAACAAAAACGAGACUCUGCAGAGCCUUAUUGUGUCCGACUUCCAGGUGCAGCCAUGGCUGAACGGGCGUAAGGAGUUCGGCGAGGUCUACGAUUGCGUUGGAUUCAUCUCGGCCCCUAUCCUGUCGGGUCUCUUCGUAGUCACCCUCCUGCUCGGCAUCCUAGGCCUGGGGAUCUCCGCCAUGCUCAGCAUGCAUACCCCAAACCGAUUCGAGAGCUCUCGCAGCAAGCAGCUACGCUACGAAAUGUUUGUCUUGAUCACUUACAUGGCUGUCAACCCAGUGGCGCUCUUUACCUUGGCCAUUGAGCUGUUUCUUAUCCAUCUGCUCUUCGUGCUGGUCCUACUCUACGUCUAUGUUCUUUGGUAUUAUUAAAACCCAUACUGGAGUUAAUUGAAUGCAUUAUAGUCAUACAAAAAUAUAUGCUAAUUAACCGAAUUGCACUUAAGCUUGUUUUCAACUACUCUUAUUCAGAAAUUAAUAAUACAAUAUCUGUUAAGGAUACCAGCUAUCCGAAAGCUGGCUAGCUGUAUAUCCCUACAUAUAUACAUAAAUAUAUCCGAAUUUCAACGCUAUA